CUGCACUUUGUCCGCAGUCUCUGGUCAUCCCCUGCACUGUCUGCAGUCUCUGGUCAUCUGUACUAUGUCCACAGUCUCUGGUCAUUCCCUGUACUGGGUCCGCAGUCUCUGGUCAUCCCUGUACUGUGUCCGCAGUCUCUGGUCAUUUCCUGUCUAUCCCAGUCUCUGUCAUCUAUGUACUGUAUCCGCAGACUCUGGUCAUCUCCUGUACUGUGUCCACAGUCUCUGGUCAUCCCCUGUAGUAUGUCUGCAGUCUCUGGUCAUCUCCUGUACUAUGUCCAUAGUCUCUGGUCAUCUGUACUGUGUCCCCCUGGUCAUCCCCUGUACUGUGUCCGCAGACUUUGGUCAUCCCCUGUACUGUGUCUGCAGUCCAUUGGUUCAGUAUAUUUUUGUUCUUGUUUUUCUCCUAAAACCUAGGCGCGUCUUAUGGUCAUCU